AUGCUGUUGGCGUUGUCUUCUAGUAUUGCGGCGUUCCUAACAUGUCUUGCCUAUUACGCCUUCAAGAGCAAACUUUAUCUUCUUGGGAGCACUAAGGCCGGGAGCGCCAAUAAUGACGCGCAACUUGACUCAUUCUCAGCUACAAAGAAAGAGCCAAAUUCAACCUUAGAAUCCAAUGCGCCUCUCCAGUCAGAUAAGACACUAUAUUAUUUCCUUCAAAAUCUCGAACAGUUCCCCACUGCCCUAUAUGCUGGUCGAAAUCGGCUUAUAACUCUCCUCGACGAAACUGUUACCGCAGCACUCGAGGCAGCUCCCGACGAUAGCAGCAUCCUUUCAAUCCCUGAUUAUUCGCCAGCUGCCAUAUAUGAGUUCUUCAGAAAUUCCGAAUCACAAAUCACCGAAAGAUUCAAUUCUUACCUCCUACGAAGACGUCAAGGUGGCCCCAGAGAAAUCUUCCCCAACCUUGAGUAUGCAAAAUGGUGGCUUCGCACUGCUGCGCCAGUGAAAUACGUCGAUGGUGCUUGGUUAGGCGGCAUAAACAGAGCUUUCAAUAGCCUACCGAAUAACCGAUCCUCACAACGCAUUGGUUGGCAAAUUCUCAGCGAGGAGCUAGGCGAUGGAGAUUUGACUAAAAACCAUGUUUGGGUUUAUCAAGAACUCAUGCGGUCCAUCGAUGCGGACAUCGGUAGGGGGAACGAAAGGAAAUUUAUCGAUAAUUGCCAUAAUCCGAAUGGAGAGGAGAGGGUGUGGAAGGCCGCUGUUUCUCAAUUGUGUUUAUCACUAUGGCCGGAGGAGUUCUUGCCGGAGAUCCUAGGGUUUAAUAUGGCAUAUGAGAGUUUACCACUGCAUCUCUUGAUCACCAUCCAGGAGCUUCGGGAGUUGAGACUGGAUCCGUACUAUUUCAUCCUACAUGUCUCCAUCGAUAACGGCCACUCGGGCCAUGCAGCUAUGGGGAUCAAAGCCGUAACAGAGUAUAUCGAAUCGCUUCCGCCCAACGAGGUUGGAAUUGCAUGGAGGCGAGUCCAGGCCGGAGCCACCCUUGCGGAAGGGUUACCAACAACACCAGCAUCCCCGUCGAAACUCGAUUGUAGUGUAGAAAAGAUUUUCAGAGAAAAAUGCUUUACCGCUCGUCCAAUGCAUGCUGCUUGCCCUGCGAAAAUCGGAGGUAGAUCAGGGAAAUCGUUGAGUCAAUGGUUGGAAACCGAAGCGUAUCACACCCACUCACUCGCGUUUCUGCAUGCUCUGACAGAAUCGAGAUGGGUCGUUAGGGGCUCUCCAGAACAGAGCAAGCUAAUAAAAGAGUUGCAAUGGGGCGGACGGAUGUUUGGAGCAUUCACCACAGAUGAGGUUGGUGUGCUGAAAGAUUGGAUUGAAGAGCUUGUGAAUCCUAGACCGAAAUCUUCCGUGGGUGCCUAUUUGGAAUUUGUUGGCCGAAGCUUCUCAAACCCAAAUGCAUCAAGACCGAUUUUCCAAGACCAGAUCGAUAAACCGCCUCCUAUUAGCAUUCCAAACGUAACGGAAUUUUCAGAUCUCUUGUCACCCACGCCAAUCUCCGGUGCAACAACUCCUCAAAGCCUAUUCCCGAUCCUCCGCCUUUCAGCAGUUCCGUUCGAGCAUCUUCCUUCGUAUCCAGCAAAAUGCGCAACUGAGAAAGGUAUGACUGCCAUCAAGAUUCUUCGGGCUCUUUAUGGUUUCAAAGAUCAAAAUGAUCUCUGUGCAGGGAUGGAUGAAGUUCACCAUUCAAAUGAGAAUCGUGGCUUAUACGAAAUUUCCGAGCAUGCCAGCGUUUUCCGGAAGCAUGAAGGGCCAACCAUGGAGUAUUUGGGGUGGCUUCAAGAUGUUUCGAAAGCGCCUGACAAAAACUAUUCAUUUUUGCUCGGAGCUCAGCUCAGUUUCGUGGUUGAUCUUUUCUGGAACGAAGGUUUGCUGGAAGGAGGAUUGUUGGAUGAAAGUGACAUAAAUAUUUUGAGAGCGGUUGGAGAUCAAUGUAUAAAAGCUUCAAGGGAGAUUUAUGGCUUAUGUGAUUGGAACAAUCUGGUGAUGGGCUUUUUUAGAAACAGAUACGAGAUUGGUCGUUGUGUCGUGGACGCUGGUGGUGGGAAGGAUGCUGGCUCUUAA